AUGAGCCCACGUAUAUGCUCGUGCACUCUCUGUGGGUGGGUCGUCGUCGAUGCACCAGGCAGCGUUUCUUGGUUGAAUCAGUUCCGCGGAGUCACUUCAAGCCCAGAUGGCGUUAUUCUCACCGGUGUUGGCUUAUACGAUGAUCCGGCAAGGGGCGCAUUCAUCGCCCCAGUCGACCACAAGCGUCGUUGGGAUGACCCAACCUACGACAGUACAGAUGAAGACCAAUUUGGUGCUAUGGGCUUCCCGCCAGUUGACGGAAGGCACGGCUUUAUUUUUCAUGAUGCCUGCUGGGGUCUCUUAGAGAAAGCCUUCCAUCCGAGUCCAGUUCCCUUAUCGAGACUGUCCGACGUCUGCGAAUCACUCCCAUUUCCGCUACUGUCAGUAGGUAUCAGCUGGGGCCACGACUACGGGGGAGCCAGUAUCGUCGAUAAUGAACACCACUUUCCGUUCGAGGACAGAUUUUUCGAUCGCGACUACAUGGAUCCCGACCCCGUUCUCAGCGCCAACCCGUACGAAGCUGACGAGGCCCACAACCUGCUCACCGAGGCACCCGAAGAGCCGCCAAGUCCACAAGGGCUUAAUCCCAAUACAAUAGAGCCAGAGCAAGACAACUUCUAUGCGCUCCCAGAAGAGUUACGGUCAGCGAUCGCCAUUUUCCUGCCGACAUUGGAUGUAUUGAACCUACGGUUGGCCUCACGUUCGUUCUGGACGAUUUUCAAUAGUCAACAGUUCUGGGCCUCGAGAUUCAAACAUAAGUCAGACCGCUCAUGGCUUCUCGAAUCCCAGGACGGGGCUCAGCCUCGGGACUGGAGAUGGCUCCUCCAGAACAGGAUUCGUGUUUGGAACCUGGCCCAGAAAGUUGUGGCAGCUCUGGACUUCCAAUGGGUCGACAGUGGUUCAGAACCUUCCCAGCAGCAAGGCCCGACCCAGCGUUUAAAAGUGUCGGGAGACUUGUGGGAGAGACCGAGCGGGCCACACCACUCCCACGUGGAUAAAGGUUGCCUUCUCCGCGAAACGUACCGGUUGACCAUCCCUGAAGACUUAUCGACGGUUUCUGUCUGGUCCAUUCCCGUAGGAGAUAUUCUGUACAUCGCUGGACUGAAGUUUGCCACGGCCACAGGCGAUGUUCGUCAAAUAGGCUACAGAACUACUGUCGAGCAGUCCGUGGAGAUUUCAGACAUAAUCGGCUUCAAGCUAGCUGUGGGAGAAAGGGGGAUUCAAGCUUUGCAAUGCAUCAAUCAAAAUUCCCAUACCUCCCACUGGCUCGGCAGUCCGGGGACGUCGCUCAAGACAAUGCGCUUCAAUGUAGGCGAGCGCAUCAACUACCUUGACAUUGGAUUUGAUUUGUGAGCUUGGCUAUCUUUCCCCAGUCUUCAUCUAUCGCAAGACUAGCACAGGAUGACAACAGAUUGAGAAAUAUGGGGUUGUGGUAUCCCGAAGUCCCGGGACCAGACCUCUGCUUGAACGAAGCUUCCUUCGCCCCCAGGGAACUCUACUUGGACGGAUUCAAACCACUAUUUUGGACCUCCUUCGGCGGCCCAGGUGGUGCCCACCUCCGAAAACUCAACAAUCUCAGGGUCGUCCUGGGCCCCGCCGGCAUACGCCGCAUCGACUUCACAUACAACACUCCAGAACUCGAUAGAGAGUUCGGUUGCCAAAUGCCUGGAGAUGUGACAA